AUGCGAAAGCCCAGUGAUGAGCAGGAGGAUCGUGAGCUGGACUCUGUGGCCUGUGCUGAGUACCUGCGCACCAUGUACCUGGGGCUGCAGAGCCGCUGGCGCGGGGAGCGGCUCCGGCGCCACUUCUACUGGCGGAUGCUGUUCGAGAGCGCGGACGUGAGCAUGCUGCGCCUGCUGGAGGCCUUCCUGCGCAGCGCGCCGCAGCUCGUGCUGCAGCUCAGCCUGCUGGUGCACCGCGGCGGCCGCCCGGACCUGCUGCCCGCCCUCUCCACCUCCGCCUCCCUGGUGUCCCUGGCCUGGACGCUGGCCUCCUACCAGAAGGUGCUGCGGGACUCCCGAGACGACAAGCGGCCGCUGUCCUACAAGGGCGCCGUGGCCCAGGUGCUGUGGCACCUGUUCACCAUUGCGGCCCGCAGCCUGGCCUUUGCACUCUUUGCCAGCGUCUACAAGCUCUACUUCGGCAUCUUCAUUGUGGCCCACUGGUGCAUCAUGACCUUCUGGGUUAUCCAAGGCGAGACGGACUUCUGCAUGUCCAAGUGGGAAGAGAUCAUCUACAACAUGGUGGUGGGCAUCAUCUACAUCUUCUGCUGGUUCAACGUCAAGGAGGGCCGCAGCCGCCGCCGCGUGGCCCUCUACCACUGCAUCGUCCUGCUGGAGAACGCGGCGCUCACCGGCUUCUGGUACUCAAGCCGCAACUUCUCCACCGACUUCCACUCGCUCAUCCUGGUCUGCGUGGUGGCCUCCAGUUUCGCGCUGGGCAUAUUCUUCAUGUGCGUCUACUACUGCCUCCUGCACCCCAAUGGGCCCAUGCUGGGCCCCCAGGCACCUGGCUGCAUCUGCCCUGAGGCCCCAGAGCCCUGCGGCCCACCAGCCGACGCUGUCACAAGUCCCCCGCGGUCUCUGCCGAGGACUACAGGCCCUGAGCGGGAUGGGGCCUCGGUGGGGGGUGAGCGGGCAGGGACCCCCACACCACCUGUCUUCCAGGUGCGGCCGGGCGUGCCUCCCACACCAGUGGCCCGCACCUUGCGGACAGAGGGGCCUGUCAUUCGGAUUGACCUGCCUCGUAAGAAGUACCCCGCAUGGGAUGCUCAUUUUAUUGACCGCCGGCUCCGGAAGACCAUUCUGGCGCUGGAGUACUCUUCACCCGUCACGCCCCGGUUGCAGUACCGGAGCGUGGGGACCUCCCAGGAGCUGCUGGAGUAUGAGACCUCCCUGUAG